AUGGACUGGAUGUCUGGAUACUCCAUGACAGGUUUAUCCAAAAAAUGGGUCUUCGAUCCUUUUCGUCUACUUGUGUCCAACGAAUUCAUCGAUUUAUACAUGGUUCACAUUAGCGGACUAAUUUUCGACCUGUCCGAAGGAUUUCUGUUGUUAUUUGAUAAGACUCGCCCGGCAGGCCUGCUUUUUGGCAGUAUGUUUCAUCUUAUGAAUUCUCAAAUGUUUCACAUCGGGAUGUUCCCGUGGACGAUGCUUGCCACAAUGCCCUUCUUCUUGCGUUCCGAUUGGCCGAGACGUUUGUCUCGCGCGAUGCCCGCGUGUUUCGUGUACUUUCUCCCGCUUCGAGAUGAUCCCAGAGUGGACGUGCGAUUCACUGAGAGAUCUGAGAACGACAAUACGGUUACCGAGCAACGGGCUGACGAAUGCGAAGAGCGCUAUGUAUACAUUAGGAAAACGUUUCUGAUUGGUUUAGCCAGUGUGUACGUCGCGGUGCAGUUGUUUUUGCCUUGGUCACAUUUCAUAACACAGGUAUGUUUUAUUAACAUCCUUUCAAGGGUGGGUUGACUACAAAAUUUUUGUAGUUCGUUAUAACUACAGCUACUUCAAGAAUAUGUAGUCAGCUACAACUACUGCUACUUUUGAACAAAAGGUAGUUCGCUACUGACUACAGCUACUGCUUAAAAAAUGUAGCGAACUAUUUCGCUAUUUCGCUACACUAUAUUUUUUAGUUUUACUGUAUUUGGAGCAUCUGCUAACUCAGGCUGUAAUGUAAUCUAUGGCCAUCUAUAACAAAUCGAUUUACGAGUAGCAACAGUAAACACAAAGCAACAUUUUUGUAAACACUACAGUUUUCAGGAGUGUAAAUUGACUAUUGUAUGAGUAUUGAUUUUAAGCAAACCGUGUCUCAAUAUCAUGCUAUUCUAUCAAGUUGCUAACAAUUUUAAAAAGUAGCGAAUAGCGCCGGAUUUGCUGUUUGAAAAGUAGUCAACUACUUGGCUACUUUUAGGCAAAAUGUAGUUCGCUAUAACUACAACUACUGUUUUAAAAAAGUAGUCAAAAACUACUGGCUACUUGAAAAUUGUAGUUCGCUACAGUAGCGAACUACAACUACUUGGCUACUACCCACCCUUGCAUCCUUUGCAUGAAAAGAAUUAUUUUCAUUACAUUUCAUUGACAUUAUUUUCUCACUCUGAUAACUGCAGGUUGACCACCAUCUGCUGCACGAUAGUUCUUUGUGAAACACACGUGUCCAUAUAGCAUCAAUUCUCUCUUCAUAUUUGUAGGGGUACAAUGCGUGGACGAAUGGACUUUACGGGUAUUCAUGGGAUAUGAUGGUACAUUCGUGGAGCACACAACAUAUUCGUGUUGAGGUGGUUGACAUGGCAACGAACGCAUCACACUUUCUCAUUCCAGGAGUAUGGAUACAUAACAAUAUUACCCUGUGUUGAUGACUGUAACAGACUUGCUACAAGUUGUUCCAACAACACUAAUACAAGCUGUUCGUAACACAUUGCUACGAGCUUGUUGUCAUCAACUUGUUAACAACUUGUUACGGGCAGACGAUAUCAGACUUGUUGGAAAAAUUUGUUGCGAGUUUGUUGGCCUCAUCAACCUUGUUACAAGAUGAUAACAACUUGUUCCUGACUUGUCAACAACUGGGAACAAGCAGUGCGAACACAUCUUGUUGACAUGCUAUUACGGGUGUACAAUAUGCAGCAGUAUGAUUUAGCCAUCUCAGUCACAUUUGAGCAUGCUCCUCCCCCCCCCCCCAUGCAAUGUGGUCAUUUAACCUACGAAACUGACCCUAUACACUCAACCUUAUAUGUAACAGCUAGGCUUAACACAUCGCGGUAACAGUUGUUCUGAUCUAAAGCGUCUUAUUCAGGUGUGGAUUGCAGGGCGAUCAAGAAAAAGAGCGAGGUGGUCUUCGCAUCCCGAUAUGAUAAAACAAUACGCGACAUGUCUCGCGCGGAAACUGCGUGAUCGUGCGGAACUAAACAUCAGCAAUCCCGCGAUAAACUUCGAUAUUUGGCGCUUUAUGAAUGGCCGCUUCCAACAACGCAUGUUCGAUCCUAAAGUGGACCUUGUGAAAGCCCCCUGA